GUGUAAUUUAGGAAUUGGUUGACAAAAUAUAAAAUAUAUAGUGACAUUUAAAAUAUUUGUAAAAUCAACUCAGUUUUUUGCCACGUUGAAUUCGAUUUUAAAUAAUUAAUACAAAUUUACAUUUUGUUUGACUGUUUUCUUUUUAUAAAAAAACCAAUCAAUUGGACACCAAGCCUGUUUAAUAAUAUCAUCCGGAAUUAGUUACAACCAUAUUUGAUAAUUGUUCUCUUAAAAAAUUAUUAAUUAUGAUAAAAAUUACAAUCAUUUCCCUGCUAAUCUCAUUGAUCUAUGGACAAAUUUGUACAUUAACUAAUGAAGAAAUAAAACAGUUGGAAAAAUCCUUUAUUAAAGCAAAGAAUUAUAUGCAAAAAGAAGCUACAAAUGAAGAUGCAGCGAUUUGCAUAGGCACCGCAAGAGCAGGGAAAAGUACAUUAAUUAAUUACUUAAUGGGCAAUGAAUUAAGGGGCGUGAAAUAUUCGCGAUUUGGGGAAUUUAAAAUAAUUAAAGCAAAUGAACGAUCCGAAGGACCGGAAAUUGGUGCUGGACCAACAUCAAAAACUACAAUUCCCACUAAAUGGAAAUCAGAUAAAUUGCAUGGUUUGAUCAUUUUUGAUUCACCUGGAUUUCAAGACAAUAGAGGACCAGUACAAGACAUCACUAAUUCUUUUUAUAUCUAUCAAUUGGUGAAAAAAGUUAAAUCUUUAAAAUUUAUUUUAGUUAUCAAUUUUGGCGACAUUGAACGGGCUAAUAUUAAACCUUUCCUGAGACUUUUACUUGAUUUUGAAAAACUUUUUGAAAAUAAGUUUCAAGAGAUAUUUCCAAGUAUAUCGGUAAUUGUCUCAAAAACACCGAAUGUACUGUAUGAAACAACAGUUGACAUUGAAAUGAUUCAAUAUAUGUUGAGACAAAGAGUAUCCACAACUAAGGAAACGUCUUUUAAUAAUAUAAAAAAAUGUCUUGAUUAUAUAAUGAAAAAUAGUAAUCGUAUUGGAUUAUUUAAACAAGCAAGAGCUGACAAAAUUGUUACUUCUGACAUCGAUUUUCAUAUUAUUUCAGCCAUUAAUAAUUCGGGAAAAGUAGAGAAAAGCGUUCUUCAGAAUGUUGCUCCAAGUAUAUCAGACAGUUCUUUGCUUUGCCUGCACAAUGCCAAAAAUGAAUGGGUCUCAAUAACUAAAAUUAUUAAUAUACAGAAAUCUAUAUCCACUUUCUUCACUAAUAUGCUGAUUGAAUGGAGAAAUUUGAAUAAAACUCUGGAUAGUAACGCAAUAAAAAAGAUUCAAACGAACUUAAGUUACAUUGAAGGUAAACUAAAUGAUUCUGUCACAAAUGAUAUUGAUAUUUACGAAAAUAUUGAAACGAUAAAGAAAAUUGAUGGAAAAUUGAAGGAGAUGAUUGAUAAUAGUAGCUUGUUGAGAAAUGUUGAAUUAUUUGAUUUUUUUUCUCAUUUGUUGAGAUUGAAUGAAAGUGAACAUUUGCAACAAUCUUUUCGGGUUCUAAUGUUGUCUUUACAUACUACUGUUAAAAUGGAAAUGAAUGAAAUUUUAUUGUUAAAUGAAAAAAUGUCAAUGCUAGAAUUUCAGAAAAAACAAAAUACAUUAUAUAAAGAAUUUAACAAAAUCUGCAGUAUAAUUAAAAAUGAAAUAGAAAACUCAAGUGCAAUAGCUAACACUAGUUUAGAGACAGAACUCGAAAAUAAUUUCUGUAUUCAAUUUGUGACAUUUUCCAUGUUCACUUAGUUUAACAAUUUUUCUAUAAGGUUAACAGAAGGUUGCAUGGUAAAAAGUUUAGUCAACCUUAUUUUUGUAAAUCUACAUAUGAAUUUUUUAUAUAAAUUCAAGUAAAAGAAUUACUAAUACUUACUGUUUACAAAGUAAUUUCUUAAUUAUAUGGAUAAAAGAUAAAAUAUAUUUUAAAACUGCA